AAAAAAAUAUUGAAGAUGGAGACAUGGUUUCAUGCUCAUAAUUUAAUUUAGAAUUAAUUGUCGUAAUCUUUGUUAAUCUCAUCAUUUCUUAGACUUCAUACAGAAUAACCAACCAAAUAAUUUUGUCGUAAGAGCUCCGAGAAGAAUGGCGAGAUCGAGCGCCGAUGAUGAGCAGCUACGCCGUGCAUGCGAGCUGGCUAUCGAGGACGAAACCGUCGUAAUGUCUAUCAGGGUGGUCAAGAGCGGGGGCAUCUGGGGAAAGCCCGGCAAAUUGGGCCUCCGGCACAUGGCCAAGCCUCGUGUUCUUGCUAUUUCAACUAAGGUAAAAGGUAAACGGACUAAAGCUUUUCUUCGUGUUCUCAAAUAUUCCAAUGGAGGUUAUCUUGAGGCUGCAAAAAUGUACAAGCUAAAGCAUCUUUCAAAAGUGGAAGUUUCAACGGACGAUCCAAGUGGUUGUACUUUUAUGCUGGGUUUUGAUAACCUUAGAAAUCAGAGUGUUGCCCCAACUCAGUGGACGAUGCGCAAUGUUGAUGACAGGAAUCGUCUUGUGCUUUGCAUCUUAAAUAUCAGCAAGGAUUGCAUGGUAAAUAUUCCUAAAGUUGUUGGCAUUGAUGUCGUGGAGAUGGCUCUUUGGGCUAAGCAAAAUACACAAGCAAUUCCUAAGCAGCAGGGGGACCUUCCAGAGGGUAUGUUACCAGCUGGCUUUACAGAAGACUUAAAUUUGACUGUUGAAAGAGACCUUGUAUCUCAAGCAGAGGAAGCGGACAUGGAGGCCCUUUUAGGCACUUAUGUCAUGGGCAUUGGGGAAGCAGAAGCAUUUUCUGAGCGGUUGAAGCGAGAGCUUCAAGCUUUAGAAGCCGCAAAUGUCCAUGCAAUUUUGGAGAAUGAGCCAUUGAUAAGAGAGGUACUGCAGGGGCUUGAGGUGGCUACUACUUGUGUUGAGGAUAUGGAUGAAUGGUUAGGCAUUUUCAAUGUCAAACUUAGGCAUAUGAGAGAGGACAUAGAGUCGAUUGAAACCGGGAAUAACAAGCUGGAAAUGCAGUCAGUAAACAACAAAUCGUUAAUUGAGGAACUUGACAAGCUUAUUGAAAAGCUGCAUAUACCGGCUGAGUAUGCAUCAUGUCUGUCCGGGGGAUCAUUUGAUGAGGCAAACAUGCAUGAGAAUCUUGAAGCAUGUGAGUGGCUAGCCAUUGCUUUACGAGCUCUUGAAGUGCCCAACUUGGACCGCUGCUAUGCAAAGUUGAGAUCUGUUAGAGAGAAGCGUGCUGAACUUCAAAUGCUGGAAACUACUUUUGUUCAAAGAGCAUCUGAGUUCCUGCGGAAUUAUUUUGUUAGUGUGGUGGAUUUCAUGAUGAGUGAUAAGAACUACUUUUCUCAGCGCGGACAACUGAAGAGGCCUGAUCAUGCUGACCUGCGGUACAAAUGCCGGACAUAUGCUCGCCUUUUGCAACACUUGAAGAGUCUAGAUAAGAAUUGCUUGGAUCCUUUAAGGAAAGCUUACUGCAGCUCUUUGAAUUUGCUUUUACGCCGGGAGGCUCGUGAGUUUGCAAAUGAGCUUCGUGCUAGUACAAAAAUAUCAAAGGCUCCAACUCAAUGGCUUGAUUUUACAGGCUCUAAUCAAAGUGCAAAUAGUGCUGACACUUCUAACGUUUCUGAAGCAUACUCCAAAAUGCUCACUGUUUUUAUUCCACUCCUUGUGGAUGAGAGUUCAUUUUUUGCACUCUUCAUGUGCUUUGAAGUUCCGGCACUUCAACCAGGAGGUCUUGCCGACGGCCAUCAAUCUGCGGCUGCUGAUGGUAAUAGAACCACAGAUCUACAGGCAUUGAAUGAGUCACUUCAUGAUUUGCUUGAUGGAAUACAGGAAGAUUUCUAUUCUGUGGUAGACUGGGCCCACAAGAUUGAUCCUCUGCGUUGUAUAUCAAUGCAUGGAAUUACUGAACGUUAUAUUUCUGGUCAGAAAGCUGACGCAGCAGGAUAUGUGCGUAUUUUACUUGAUGACCUCGAAAACAGAAUCUCUGUGUUGUUUGGUCGUUUUGUUGAUGAAGCAUGCCACCAGAUUGAAAGAAAUGAUCGAAAUGUUCGGCAGGUGGGUGUCUUGGCAUAUAUACCCAGAUUUGCUACUCUUGCGACCCGUAUGGAGCAGUACAUCCAGGGACAGUCAAGGGAUUUGGUUGAUCAAGCUUACACAAAAAUUGUGACAAUAAUGUUUGUGACAUUGGACAAAAUUUCUCAAGCAGACUUAAAAUAUGCAGAUGUUCUGCUCUUGGAAAACUAUGCAGCAUUUCAGAACAGUCUGUAUGACCUGGCGAAUGUUGUGCCCACUUUAGCAAAAUUUUAUCACCAAGCAAGUGAAUCUUAUGAUCAAUCUUGCACACGCUAUAUAAACACAAUCAUAUACUAUCAAUUCGAACGGCUUUUCCAGUUUGCUCGGAGGAUAGAGGAUUUACUGUCCGUAAUGACACCAGAAGAGGUCCCUUUCCAGAUUGGUGUAUCAAAAGCAGAUCUCCGGAAGGUUGCAAAAUCAAGUUUAUCUGGGGUUGAUAAGUCCAUCACUGCGAUGUAUAAGAAAUUGCAGAAGAAUAUGACCUCCGAAGAACUGUUGCCUUCAUUAUGGGAGAAGUGCAAGGGCGAGUUUCUUGACAAGUAUGCAAGCUUUGUGCAGCUAGUAGUUAAAGUAUAUCCUACCGAGAACAUCCCAGCUGUCGAAGAAAUGGGACAACUAUUGGCAUCGAUGUAGAGGAGCAGCAAGUCUUGUCAAGUUUGGCUUCUUUUUGGUAGACUCAUUUGUGCUGUUCAAUUCUUUUAUUUUUUCUGGGCCCCAAUUUCAUUUUUCAUAGACCACUUGUGAGAUAUCGAUUAGGUCAUGUUGGUAUCAUGAUAUCUACAUAUAAUCUUAGUUUAUUCCGAGUUUUAAUCAA